AAUCACUUCCAUCACUUGUAUAUCCAACCAACCAUGUUCACCUAUCGCCUGAAACUGAUGAUCCUGCUGGGUCAACUGCUGCUCGGCAUCCACAGUUAUCCUUUGGGCGAUGACGUGUCCUCCAAUGCAGUGGUCCAUUCGGCGGGACUCCUGGGUCACUAUGCCGGCGGACUGACUGGCGGCGAAGCCUUGUCCAAGCUGGACUUCAGCUCAUCCUCGCAUGAAUUUGGCGCCACCGGGGAGGCGGAUCACUUGGGCUCGCUGGGCGAUCACCUGGGCGAGGAGAGCUUCCCGGCGGAUUACGGCAGCAGCGAUGCCGGCGAAGAGUACGCCGAGGCCAGCGAGGUGCACGCCCACUACGAGGACCACAAGGCUGUGCCCGGCAUCGAUCAUGGCAAGGGCGCCUUCAGCUACAGCACCCUGUACGAGUUCAAGGAUCGGGAUGAGCACGAACUGCAGCACAUCCAGCACCAGGCACUCGAACAGCAGGUGGAGCACCAGGCGGAGCACGACCUGUCCGAGCACCACCUGGCGGAGCACCACCAUCUGGAGGAUCUCUACUAAGACUGUGAUAGUCGCACCCAAGACCUAGCAAUAUGCUCUAUAACUCUUUUUUUUUAACGAUUA